AUGGACUUCCUCAACAAAGUCACCGGCGGAAACAACGCCUCCCAACCCGCCGACCACUCCAACAACCCCACCACCACCAACCCCACCGACCAGUCUUCCUCCUCGAGCGGCGGCCUAAUGGACAAGUUUAACAGCCUCGCCGGCGGCGGCAAGGAGUCGGAGAAGAAGGAGGAUCCUCUCGAUAAGGGAGUCGACCUCUUCCAGCAACACGUCCUCGGACAGGGCGAUCAGUCCAACGAGAGCGCCAUCGAGCAGGCUAAGGAUGAGCAGAUCAGUGAUUUCAUUCGGGACCAGUACAAGAAGAAUACGGGCAAGGAUUUUCCUGUGGCUGAUAAAUAG